GGUGAUGAUGAUUGUGUGCUGUCAGAGGAAGAGAUCCAGUCUGCCGCGGUCACCUGGGGUAAAGGACUUGCAGACUUACCCAUGGUUCCAGAGAGACAACACCCUAUUCUUCCUCAGGAGGGCAAGAGGAACGUCCUCGUGACCAGUGCCUUGCCUUAUGUUAACAACGUCCCUCAUCUGGGCAACAUCAUCGGCUGUGUGCUCAGCGCUGACGUCUUUGCCAGGUACGGUCGUCUGCGUGGUUGGAAUGUACUGUAUGUGUGUGGGACUGAUGAGUACGGUACAGCUACAGAGAACAAGGCCCGUGAGGAAGGUCUGACAGCGCAGCAGAUCUGUGACAAGUACCACGCUGUCCACGCCUCCAUCUACCAGUGGUUCCAGGUGGACUUCGACUUCUUUGGCCGCACCACCACAAGGAAACAGACUGAGAUAGCCCAGAACAUCUUCUGGCGUCUCCAUGAGCGAGGCUUCCUACUUGAAGACAUUGUGGAGCAGCUGCGCUGCGAGGCGUGCCAGCGUUUUCUAGCCGACCGCUUCGUCGAGGGAACAUGUCCCUUCUGCUCUUACCCAGAGGCCCGAGGGGACCAGUGUGACAAGUGUGGCAAGCUUAUCAACGCUGUGGAGCUACGGGAGCCUACUUGUAAGGUGUGUAGUCAGACUCCUGUAGUCCAAUCCUCCAAACACCUGUUCCUGGACCUGCCCAAGUUGGAGGCUGAGUUGGAGCAGUGGUUGGAGAGGUCUACUGGGUCAGGGGACUGGACGGCCAACGCCAAACAGAUCACCAGAUCCUGGGUGAGGGACGGACUCAAACCCCGCUGCAUCACCAGAGACCUGAAGUGGGGAACCCCUGUACCUCACCCCGACUUCUCUGACAAGGUGUUCUACGUGUGGUUUGACGCUCCUAUUGGUUACCUGUCCAUCACAGCCAAUUACACUGACCAAUGGGAGAAGUGGUGGAAGAACCCACAGCAGGUGGAGCUGUAUAACUUCAUGGCCAAGGACAAUGUUCCGUUCCACAGUGUGGUGUUCCCCUGCUCUCUACUGGGAGCACAGGACAACUAUACACUGGUCAACCACCUGGUGGCUACAGAGUACCUGAACUACGAGGACACCAAGUUCUCUAAGAGUCGAGGUGUUGGUGUGUUUGGUGACAUGGCCAAGGACACGGGUAUCCCCUCUGACGUGUGGCGAUUCUACCUGCUGUACCUCCGUCCCGAGGGUCAGGACUCGGCCUUCUCCUGGGUCGACAUGGCCACCAAGAACAACUCUGAGCUGCUCAAUAACCUGGGCAACUUCAUCAACAGGGCUGGUAUGUUUGUCAGUAAGUUCUUUGAGGGCUGUGUCCCUGCCAUGGUUCUUCAGCAGGAGGACAAGAGACUGUUGGCUCAGGUGGGAUGGGAGCUGAAGCAGUACAUUAACCUCAUGGACAGAGUCAAGAUCCGUGAUGCCCUGAAGUGUAUCCUCAACAUCUCUCGCCACGGUAACCAGUACAUCCAGGUCAACGAACCCUGGAAGAAAAUUAAAGGAGACGAAACAGACAGGCAGCGAUCGGGUACAGUGACAGGUGUGUCUGUGAAUGUGGCGUGCCUGCUGUCCGUCAUGCUCCAGCCCUACAUGCCAACGGUCAGUCAGACCAUCCGCAGGCAGCUGAACGCUCCGCCCUCCGUCACCGGGACCCUGCUGCAGGGCCCAGGGACCUUCGUCUCUCUGCCCGCCGGGCAUCACAUUGGCACGGUCAGCCCGUUGUUCCAGAAGCUAGAGUCCGAACAGAUUGAGUCUCUGAAGAAGAGGUUUGGAGGACAGCAGCCAAAGACGACAGCCCAGCCUGAUGUCAACGAGCCUGCCACAACCCCAGCUUCAGAUCCGGCUGCUCAGACUGCAGUGAACGGAGUAGACGCUGAGAGAGCCAGGGAGUUAACACUGGCUGUGGCAGAACAGGGGGAGAAGGUGCUAGUUGAGGUCACCAAACUACUGGAACUGAAACGGCUGUCCCUGGCUGAGGGAAAGGACCCAGAACCAGUGCUGACAAAAGGCAAGAAGAACGCCCAGCCUGCCACAACCCCAGCUUCAGAUCCGGGGGAGAAGGUGCGAGUAGACGCUGAGAGAGCCAGGGAGUUAACACUGGCUGUGGCAGAACAGGGCGAGAAGGUCCGGACCCUGAAGGGCCAGAAGGCAGAGGAAACUGUGAUUGGAGCAGAGGUCACCAAACUACUGGAACUGAAGAAACGGCUGUCCCUGGCUGAGGGAAAGGACCCAGAACCAGUGCUGACAAAAGGCAAGAAGAAGUGAUUAGAAAGAGAGAGAAGACCAACAAGAGGCUGGACAAAUAUGAGCUAAGUAGAGGCAAGAUUUGAAUAAUAAUAAGUUGAAAUAUGAGACACAUAAACACAUCUGUGACAGGAUGGAAGACAACGUUUUGUUGCUCAUGGGGACAGAGUAAUAGGAAAGAUCAGUAAUCGAAGAGGGGGGUAAAUUGAAAACUGCUACAAAAUAUUCAGUCAAGACUAUUUCUACAUCUCUUUACUCGAAGUAGCAGGUUCUAGUAGGCUGCUGGCUCGGUGGGUUCCCCGUCAUUUUAUCACGGUAUCAUGAAGAGUUAUAAAAUGGUGUCGCUGCGACCAGGCUGGUGGCACCCGGCAACGGCUCUACUGUCACUAUGCAGCCAGUAGUUCAGGUCGGUGUGUGUAGAACGAUGUCUGCAUAAUGAUAUUGUAAUAUUGUUAUAUAAAAAAAUAAAAAUAAAAAAAGUCAUGUUUUUA